UGGAAGUAACGUGACAUUACCAAAUCCCGGAAGCUUUUUUUCUUGUUUUUAAAAGUGUAUAACUAAAACGCAAGCAAAAGAAACUGGGCGGUGUUUGAACAUAUAACUUGACUUACUAACUUAAAAACUAUUAUCUGUAGUUAACUAUUCAAAGGAAAACCGACUAAAUCCCAAACAACCAUGUCUUCUAGCCUGCUCACGAACUACUGCGCCGAACUCCAUGACGAUCAAGAUCAGAAAUUGGACAGGUACUUGCACUAUCUUCAGCUGCCUGAUGAAACGCUGAUGGAUAUAUCAAUGAGAUUUCGACGAGAAAUGGACAAAGGCCUUUGCAGAGACACCAACCCCACGGCUGUUGUAAAGAUGCUGCCAACUUAUGUACGCUCAACUCCAGAUGGGACAGAACAAGGAGAAUUUCUGGCCCUUGACCUUGGUGGAUCCACCUUCCGGGUGCUUCUGGUUACAGUUAUGGCUAAUGGCGAGCCAAAGGUGGAUAUGGAAAAUCAGAUUUAUACUAUUCCUGAACAUCUUAAGAGAGGCUGCGGAUCCGAGUUAUUUGACCAUAUAGCUGAAUGCCUGGCUGAUUUCCUGGAGAAGUUAGGAAUAAAAGACAAAAAGCUUCCUCUAGGCUUUACCUUCUCUUUUCCUUGUCAACAGAGCAAGUUGGACGAGAGUAUAUUGAUUUCUUGGACCAAGGCCUUCAGGGCAAAUGGAGUAGAAGGAAAAGAUGUUGUCAACCUCCUGCAGAGAUCUGUGAAUAAACGAGGGGACAUCAGUGUUGACAUUAUGGCUGUCAUUAACGACACAGUCGGAGCGAUGAUGACCUGUGGGUAUGAUGAUCGUAACUGUGAGAUUGGUCUCAUUGUCGGAACAGGGACGAAUGCCUGUUACAUGGAACAAAUGAGGAACCUUGAGUCGCUGGAUGGUGAUGAAGGGCAGAUGUGUGUCAAUACAGAGUGGGGUGCUUUUGGAGAUGACGGUACGUUGGAGGACCUGCGUACAGAUUUUGACAGAGAAAUAGAUGCUGGCUCUCUGAACCCUGGCAAACAGCUUUUUGAGAAGAUGAUCGGUGGAAUGUACAUUGGUGAACUGGUACGUCUCAUCCUCGUGAGAAUGACCAGAGACCAGCUUCUGUUCCAGGGCAAGACUACAUCCCAACUCCUUAUGACUGGAAAGUUCCCUACCAACUACAUCUAUUCCAUAGACAGUGACAACAGAGAAGAAGGUCUGAUGAGUGCUCAAAAUGUGCUUCGGAGCCUUGGCCUUGACCCAACCUUGGAAGACUGCAUAGCGACUCAAAGAGUGUGUCAAAUUGUUUCCACACGGGCUGCACAUUUGUGUGCUGCCACUCUAGUUGCAGUGCUCCGGCAGAUCAGGGACAACAAAGCAACUGAGAAGCUGCGCAGCACCAUUGGAGUGGAUGGAUCUGUAUACAAAAAUCAUCAAGAGUUUUCUCGAAGGCUUCACAAAAUGGUACGGAGGCUAGUACCUGACUGUGACGUCCGUUUUUUGAGGUCUGAGGUUGGAAGUGGGAAAGGUGCAGCCAUGGUAACAGCUGUUGCCUUACGUCUUGCUGCUCAGAAUGCUGAGCGUCAACACAUACUUGACACUCUGCGUUUGAAUCGUGAGCAGCUGAUGGAAGUGAAAAGACUAAUAAGUGAAGAUAUGGUACGAGGCUUGUCAAGGCAAGCACACAAUCAGGCUAGCAUCAAGAUGCUUCCAACAUUUGUCGGCUCUACUCCAGAUGGAUCAGAGCAUGGAGAUUUCUUGGCUUUGGACCUUGGCGGCUCAAGUUUUAGAGUGCUGCUCGUGCGUGUGCGAAGUGGCAAAACACACGUUGACAUGCACCAUAAGAACUACAGUAUUCCACAGGAGACAAUGCAGGGCACAGGGGAAGAGCUUUUUAGCCAUAUUGUGGACUGCAUCGCCAAGUUUUUGGAAAAUAUGGGUAUGAGAGGAGCAUCCUUACCUUUGGGAUUUACAUUCUCCUUCCCCUGUCACCAAAGCAAACUGGAUCAGGGCAUUCUUCUGAAGUGGACAAAAGGCUUCAAAGCUAGUGGUUGUGAGGGUCACGAUGUUGUUACGUUACUUAAGGAUGCUGUGCGAUGCCGAGGGGAAUUUGACUUGAGCUUUGUGGCAGUAGUUAAUGAUACAGUAGGAACCAUGAUGACUUGUGGUUAUGAGGACCCCAAGUGUGAAGUGGGACUGAUUGUUGGCACAGGGACCAAUGCCUGCUACAUGGAGGAGAUGCAGAAUAUAGAAAUGGUGGAUGGUGAUGACGGACGCAUGUGUGUCAAUAUGGAAUGGGGAGCAUUUGGUGAAAACGGCGAACUGGAUGAUUUCCUCACAAACUUCGACCGUGUUGUUGAUGCCUCCUCAAGCAAUCCUGGAAAACAGAGGUAUGAGAAGCUGAUCAGUGGCAUGUACCUGGGAGAGAUAGUGAGACAUGUUUUAAUGGAGUUCACUGCAAAGGGUUUACUGUUUCGAGGGAAACUGUCUGAGCGACUCAAGACCUGGGGCAUCUUUGAGACAAAAUUCCUGUCACAAAUUGAAAGUGACCGUUUGGCCAUGCGUCAGAUCCGUUUCAUCUUGCAGCACCUUGGUCUUACCAGCUCAACGUGUGAUGACAGCGUCCUCGUGAAGGAGGUUUGCAGCGUUGUCUCACGCCGGGCAGCACAGCUCUGUGGUGCUGGUUUAGCUGCUGUGGUUGAUAAAAUAAGACAGAACCGCAACAUGCAACAGCUCUCAGUUACAGUUGGGGUUGAUGGCACCCUUUAUAAGAUGCACCCUCAUUUUGCAGGAGUCGUGCAAGAGACAUUGCAGGAUUUGGCACCACAGUGCAAGGUGACAUUCCAUAAGUCUGAGGAUGGAAGUGGAAAAGGAGCAGCACUCAUAACCGCAGUGGCCUGUAGAAUCAGGAGUAAUACACUGGCCAAUAGCCCAAACUAAUUUUCUGUACCUUGUCUGCCUACAUAGAAUAUCUGCCUGUAUCUACAUCAUUGUCUGCUUUACAACAGUUCUGAUGAUUUAUUCUGUUUUUAGGUUUAUUGGAGUCUAUAUUGAUGUGAACUGAUAGUACGCUUACAUGCAUUUAAUAGACUAAAUUAAAACCAGACUUUCAAAAUUGA